UUUAGAAGUGUUUUGCAAGAUCGUGACGGAAUUACACGAGAACAGACAAAGAAAAAAAUAUUUUUCCAGGAAUUCACCGGUGGUCCACUGUAACACAAAUAUUGAGUAAACGAGGCAAUUUUGGACUUGAAGAACACAGUUGAUGAAGUAGAUUCUGAGAUCGUCCCAGUCUAGACGUUCAUCGUCGUGAAACCGAAACCUCUUCCCGUGUGUAGUGACACGUGUUUGCAACAAUUCUGAUUGACGACGAUCCAUCGUUUAGAUCUCCGCUAUCUGAGAGAUACUCCAAUUAUUUUCUUUCCUGCAACUUAUGGUCAAACUUGGAAUUUCUAUUAAGUCGUCAACGUACUUGAUUCGACGUUUGCUCAAAACAAUGACAUCAUGGCAGGGGUGUGGGGUUAGUUCUAGUCUCCGCCAUUGUAGGAAAUCACCGUUUACAAGGACAGUUACUUCUGACUCUACAGACAGUGGGCAAGGAAAGGUAACAGUCGAGUCAAGGAACUGCAGAUCCACAGAAAGAGAAGGAUUACAAUGGGACAAACUAUCUGAAGACGAAAAGAAUAUUUAUCUUGCUCAUAAGAAUGCAUGUAUGAAUGGAGAGAAUACUUAUAGAGAUCCUGUUACUGGUUAUACAGUUUUCACAGAAGAAUUUCUUUUGAAACGUAGAAGCUGCUGUGGGAAUGGUUGUCGACAUUGCCCAUAUGGCCAUGAAAACGUACCUCCCGGUCAGCCCAAAAAGAAGUUUAAUUCUGCAUUUUAUGUGUGAAGUCAAAUAGGAAAUUAUACCCAAUAAUUUUAUGAUACCACUAUGUCCAUCUCUUAGUUUGGGACAGAAUAAUUUAUUUAUAGCUACAGAUUAGAGAGACCUUGGCUAACCAAAACAACAAUGAUAUAUAUAAUAAAUAUUAUUCAUAUUGCACUGGUUUCAUAACGUAUGUGGUAAAUAAAAGCCUGAUUUUAA